AUGGGUAGCAGACGUGCAAAGAACAAGCAGCCCGCUCCACCAUCCCUGGAGGAGUUUCAGGCGAAGAAGAAUAAAAAACAACAAAAGCAUGAGAAGAGAUCUAGAAAGAAUGCUGGCGAGGAGCCAAUCGAGGAGCGUAAGCGGUCCAAGAAGGCCAAGGUGGACAAUAAAGAGGUGGACGUUCAGGACGAGGCUGAUCUUCCAGAGGUGAAUCUGGAACAGCUGGCCAAAGAGCGGAAGUCGCUGUUUGACGAGGAAGAAGUGGUAGAAGAGGAGGACCUGCAAGACGAGUUUGAUCUGGAGCAGGAGUACGAAGACGAUGAGGAGGUGCGCGAGCGUCCUCUCUUUUCUGACGAGGAAGAGGAUGCUGGCAUGGAAGAGUUGAACGCAGCCAAUAUGGAGGCGCUAUCUAUGAAGCUAGAUGAGGAAGAAGCGUUGGAGGCCGAAGAGGCGGAACAAGAGCUGGUUGAGGCGGCCAAGUUGCAGCCACGCGCUGACAUCCUACCAAAUUCGGAGCAGGAGGAGCUUGAGGCACAGGGCCCACCAGACUUGACCGCUAUACGUACCCGUAUGCUUGAGAUUGUUAAGGUGCUAGAGGACUUCAAGCAUAUGGCGGCCGAGGGACGGUCGAGAUCGGAAUAUAUCGACAGAUUGCUGAAGGAUAUAUGCCAGUAUUUCGGCUACACUCCAUUUUUGGCGGAGAAGUUGUUUAAUCUUUUCUCCCCCGCGGAGGCUAUGGAGUUCUUUGAAGCAAACGAGGUGGCUAGACCUGUCACCAUUAGAACUAACACUCUAAAGACUCGGAGAAGAGAUCUUGCUCAAAACUUGGUCAACCGUGGCGUUAAUUUGCAGCCAAUUGGUUCGUGGACGAAGGUUGGUUUGCAGAUUUUUGACUCGCAAGUUCCAGUUGGUGCUACGCCCGAAUACCUGGCUGGUCACUAUAUUCUCCAGGCAGCCUCGUCCUUCUUGCCUGUUAUUGCACUGGAUCCCCAUGAGAAUGAGCGCAUCUUGGAUAUGGCGGCGGCACCCGGUGGUAAAACCACCUAUAUAUCUGCCAUGAUGAAGAACACUGGUUGUGUCUUUGCAAAUGACGCCAACAAGGCAAGAACGAAGUCCUUGAUUGCGAAUAUUCACCGUCUCGGCUGCACGAAUACAAUUGUCUGCAACUACGACGCCCGCGAAUUCCCUAAGGUUAUCGGUGGAUUUGACAGAAUUCUACUUGAUGCCCCUUGCUCAGGUACAGGUGUUAUCGGCAAAGAUCAAUCUGUGAAAGUAAAUCGUACUGAGAAGGACUUUAUGCAAAUUCCACACCUGCAAAAGCAACUGAUAUUAUCUGCAAUUGACUCUGUUGACAGCAACUCCAAGCACGGCGGUGUCAUUGUCUACUCUACUUGUUCCGUUGCGGUUGAGGAAAACGAGGCCGUGGUCGAUUACGCCUUACGGAAGAGACCUAAUGUCAAGCUUGUUGAAACCGGCUUGGCUAUUGGUAAGGAAGGCUUCACUAGCUACAGAGGCAAGAAGUUUCAUCACACUAUCAACUUAACCAGAAGAUACUACCCUCAUACGUAUAACGUGGAUGGAUUCUUUGUUGCCAAGUUCCAGAAAACCGGGCCUUCCAAAUUUGAUGAUAAUCAGCAUAGUGCUAAGGAGAAGGAGGCCGCCGCAAGACAAGAGGCGAUAGAUGAGGGCAUUAUCCACGAUGACUUCGCAUCCUUCGACGACAAGGAGGACAAGAGAUACAUUGAAAAGUCCAAGAAAGUAGGUCUGUUGAAGAAGGGCAAAAACCCCCAUGCAACUAAACCAAAGCAAUAA